CUUAAAUUUGUACAGAGCAGACGACUUAUCGCCAUUUUACCCAGGUAAUUGAAGAAUAACGUAGGGAGUACGAAAUUAUAAAGAUGUUGACUGUAAGAUCAGCUUUACGAGGAUUCACCAGAUCCUUCAAAACUACUGCUGUUAACAAAAGUGAUCACGGGCCAGAAGGUUUUCCCGGUGCCAACUUACCUUUUAGCAUCGACAACAGAUACAAGUUAUGUGCAAUUUUCAUUACUUUCUUUGGAAGUGGAUUUUCUAUUCCUUUCUUUGUUCUUCGUUACCACUUAACGAAGUAAUAUGUGUAUUACAGCAUUAACAUUAAUAAAUUAGUCUAAUACUGUUGCAAAACAUGUAAUAUGUACCAUAGAUUUAUAAUAAAAAUAUUGUAAAAUAAA